CCAAAUAUACUUGGGCCAAAGAGCUUUUCAAAGCUCGAUAAUACCUGGCCCCAAAGAGGCAAAAGACCAAAAGCCCCGAGAAACCAGCAAACCCUACCUCUUCUCCUCUCCUCCCCCACCCCACCCCCUCGUCGCCGGCGAAAUGUCCGACCGCCGCCGCGACAAGGAGAAGCCUCGCGACCGCGACCGUGAAAAGGACCGCGACCUCGACCGCCAUCGUGACCGGGAUCGCGAUAGGGACAGGAAUCGGGAUCGGGACCGGGAUAGGGAUAGGGAUAGGGAUCGCGAUCGGGACCGCGACCGCCGCCGCGACCGCGAGCGGAAGCGCUCCCGGUCCCUCUCCCCGUCAGCAGACCGGGACCGCUCCCACCUCCGCCACUCCCACUCGCACCGCCACCGAGGCCGCUCGUCCCCCUCCCCUGACGCCGGUCGCCACAAGCGCCGCCGCGACGCGUCCCCCACCGCCGCCGACCACCACAGGGAGGACAAGAAGUCCGCCGAUCCUCUCGCGCCACCCAAGGACGGAGGGGACCCUGCGGCGGUCGUAGCGGUGGGCGACGGGGACGUGGAUGCGGAGGAGCUCGAGAUGAUGAAGAUGAUGGGCAUCCCCGUCGGGUUCGACUCCACCAAGGGGAAGCACGUGCCCGACGCCGACGUCAGCGGCGUGCGCGUCGUCACCAAGCGCCAGCCGCGCCAGUACAUGAAUCGCCGCGGUGGGUUCAACCGGCCCCUGCCGCCGGAGCGGAACCGCUGAGGAUGGAAAAGGAUCAUGUGCCAAUGCAAAGAUGUGCUGAUGUCAGGUCGCAGUUACUCUGUUACUGGACAGUGUUGGAGAUGAACUACUGCUGGGCAUGAAACAGAGCUUGGUGGCUCAUUUUGAAACUAUGGCUUUACAACUUUACAUGAUGUUUCUGGCUUUCUCCAUGCAAUUGCACUUGUUUCAGGACCUCAGGCAUGCACCACAUGGAUUGCCAAGCGAAACAACUUGUGCAUUUAGUUGUAUGCUUUGCAAUGAAAUUGUUGGUAAUGGUUGUGAAUGCAGCAGUGUCAUUAUAAGUUUCCAAGAUUUUGCUGAGCUUUAGCUGGAAUCUUAAGUGCCAGUUCCAUCAAUCAAUACUAUGUGGAACAACUCUUGUAAAAACGGAAGUGCAGACUGUUGCCUUUGACGCAGGAUCUAGUACCUUGGCAGAUUUAGCUGUUUAUUGUUGGGAGGGUGUGAUAGGACCAGUUGCAUACAUGGUGCUAGGUUUUUAUUAUAUUGAUUCAGUAUCAUGCAUCUUUUUUUUUUGAUUCAACGGUAUCAUACAUCUGAAUCUGGAUGUUAUCUCCCAACCUGAUUGAUUCAUGUACAUAACAAGCCGUAAAAGUUUCAUUACAUGCUUUAGCUUUACACCCGCUGCAAGCUUUCAGCA